AUGGCUUUGACUCUUGAGCCCCGCGUCGUGGACAGGGAGGUAGUCAUCAAGAAUGCGGACAUGUCAGAGGAGGUGCAGCAAGAUGCUGUGGAUUGUGCCACUCAGGCCUUGGAGAAGCAUAUCGAGAAGGACAUUGCUGCGCACAUCAGGAAGGAAUUUGACAAGAAAUACAAUCCCACUUGGCACUGCAUCACAGGAAGGAACUGUGUCAGCUACGUGACUCAUGAGACCAAGCAUUUCAUCUACUUCUACCUCAGCCAAGUUGCUAUUCUUUUCAAGUCUGGUUAG